UACCGCCUCGUGCCGCGCGCGGAGACGUUGGAGGAGGUCCGCGCGGUCGGGUUCAUGAGCGACUUCCACCCCAUGUUCACGCAGAUCUCCGCGGACAAGAGCGAGUUCAUUUUAGUCAUCGUGGACCGGCAGCAGGUCUACGGCGACUCCUGGCGCGUCUGCCUCACCGCGGAGGCCCAGACGCGCGAGAUGGCCCAAAUAGAAGCCCAGGAGGCGGAGAAGAAGGCUUUGGACGACGCCAUCGCCGCGGAGAAGGCGCGCCUCGAGGAGCAGCAGCGCGCGGCGGAGACGGCGGUCUACGAGGACAAGCCCUUCACGCCGCGGCCCUACGAGUCCGCGACGAUGGCCGAGACCGCGGACGACGUCGCGGCGCUGACGAUCCAGCCCGAGCGGCCUCUGAUCAACUACACGCUCAUCCGCCCCCUGGACUCCUUCGGCCACGCCGUGAACUUCGCCGACCGGUCGGCGGAGAACGAGAAGUACAUCGAGCACCGCGCGCAGAAGAACCCCGACUUCGAACUGAACCGGCGCGAGGCGGACAUCUCCCUCCAGGCGUCGCCGGCCGUGGAUUCCGUGCACACGCAGACCUGCGUCGUCGAGGCCGCGCUGCAGCAGAACGAGACCGUCGACGUCUUCCGCGACGCGUUCCACGCCGUCGGCGACGACGAGGCCGCGGUGUCGAACAAGGGCGAGAACGAGCUCAAGGAGUUACGGACCUUCAACGACAUCGUCUACUCGAAGAACAUGAGUCUGUGCGACAUCGACUGGCACCCGACGCAGAAGGGCAUGCUCGCCGUCGCGCCCGUGCGGAAUUUCAACUUCGACGAGCGCGUGGAGAUCUCGGGCCAGGCCUUCAACUCCUACAUUUUGCUGUGGGACUUCGUGGAUUUGAUCCACCCGCAGCUCAUGCUCGAGUCGCCCCAGGAGGUGUCGUGCUUCUCCUUCAACUCGACGCAGACGCACCUGGUGGUCGCGGGCGCGGUGAACGGCCAGGUCGUGCUCUGGGACAUCAAGGCCGCCGUCGCGGCGCUCGUGCGCCGCCAGCACCGGUCGUCCAUGGCGCGCGCGGGCGGCGGCGGCUCGGGAGGUUUAGCCGCGGGCGACGACGACGACGAGGGUCGGCCGCCGCCCGUGAAGCCCUGCGCGAUCUCCUAUCUGGACGCGACGCACAAGCGCGGCGUCGCGGACCUGACGUGGCUGCCGCCGGACUCGCAGAUCAACUGGCGGGGCCAGUUCCUGGAGAAGAGCCUGUGCGAGGGGCCCACGCACCAGUUCGUGACCGUGUCCGGCGACGGCCAGGUCCUCUUCUGGGACACGCGCUACGCGGACAUCGCCGCGGGCAACCUACCGAAGGUCGGCCGGCGCCAGGGCAAGCAGGACGACAAGCCGGGCAAGGACGGCAAGCUGCCCCAGGUCCUGUGGCUGCCCUUAUUUCGCAUGCAGCUCAAGCGUUUGGAAGGCGUGGGCGAGCUGUCGCUCUGCCGCGUGUGCCUGGGCUUCGAGGGCGCCGUCGCGGAGGACGCGGGCCGGCCCGACGCGCCGGACCGGCGGUCCCAGCUCUUCUGCUCGUCGGAGGAGGGCGAGAUCGUCUUCGCGGACUGGCUCGCGAAGCCCGUGGGCCGCGACGGGUCGAAGAAGGACGACGACGACGACGACGACGAGACGCCCGAGUACGUCCAGUGGAUGGCGCCGGACCACUCGCGGCCGGCGACCGUGCUCAUGAAGUCGCCCUUCUUCCCGGACAUGGUGCUCAGCGUCGGCGACUGGAACUUCCAGCUCUGGAAAUUGGACCACCCGCGGCCCAUCUUCUCGAGCCCGCAGGCGUCCGUGUCGCUGACGACGGGCUGCUGGAGCCCGACGCGGCCGGGCAUGCUCUACAUGGCGCGCAGCGACGGCUCCGUGGACGUCUGGGACCUCACGGACUCGUCCUACCGGCCCGCGGCGCAGCUCAUGGUCGCGCCGACGCGGAUCACGAGCAUCAAAUUCCUCAACCCCACGGCCAUCUCGAAGCAGCAGCUCCUGGCCGUCGGCGACAAGGCGGGCAACCUGCACGUCUUCGACGUGCCGCGCAAUUUGUGGCGGCCGUCGCCGAACGAGAAGGCGAUGAUGGCGUCGUUCGUCGAGGGCGAGGUGAGCCGCGUCGACUACAUCGACAAGCGCGCGGAGUUCCGCAAGCGCCAGGCCGAGAUGUUCGUCGACGACGACGGCACGGCGGGCGGCGGCGGCCAGCAGCCCGAGGCGGGCAAGAAGGAGGAGGGCGCGGCCGCGCCCGCCGCCGAGAAGGCGCACGCGGACGAGGCCGAGUUCGCGGGCGACGAGCUCGACGCCAUCAACACGGCCUACAGCGAGCAGCAGGCCAAGUUCGUCGAGCUCAUGGGCCUCAAGCUCGGCGACACGGGCACCGUCGACGUCGACAACGUCGGCGUCAACGUCGCCGGCUCCUAG